GGAGUAAGGGAGCUGUGCCUCGAACAUCCCAACUCACAUCACCGAGCAGGCUGAAGACUGCAGCCUCCAUGAAAUUCAUUUUACUGUGCGUGUGGCUGUCCAGUCUGCUGGAUCUCUGCUCCCUCUCGCUAAGCUCCAGCACUGACGGUAACAAAGACUGCAGCAAUGAGUGCAACGCGAACGCUACCUGCACAGUGAUGGGCGGGAAACUCGGAUGCUACUGCAACCCUGGCUUCACAGGCGAUGGAGUACGGCACUGUGAAGAUGACGAUGAGUGUCAGAAUACAACAUUAACGUGUGGACUGAAUGCAACCUGCACCAACACAUUUGGGAGUUAUUACUGCACUUGCGUGGAAGGUUAUGAGUCAUCAAAACAAAAAAAGGAAUUCACACCAAACGAUGGCACCACCUGUCAUGAGAUUUCAGAGAAGCCCUGCCAUUUAAGUAGCGAAUGUCUCUCUGGAAGGAUUAAUGAUACCUUACAUCAGCUUAGCAACAUAAAGGAACCACAGGUCAUCCUGGAGGAGAUUGCUCGAAACACCUCUGGAACCCUAUCAGCCACUGAUGUGCUUUUAUACGUUGAAGUCCUUUCACGAUCAAUCCCGGCACUGAGUACAAUCAACAAGAAAAUACCUGAUAGAAGAGAAAUCACCAAUGUCACUGUGAAUGCACUGGUUAAGACAGUGAACAACCUUUUAAAACCAAAUGAAAUGGCUGUGUGGAAUGAAAUCAAAGAAGAUGAAAGGACGAAGAUUGCCACAAAACUGCUGCACACUAUGGAGACAUCAGCGCUUGGCAUCUCACACCACUUGAAAAGGACAACAGAACUCGUGUUUAAAGAGAGCGAUAUUGCCCUUAAACUAUAUGCUUUCGAUUUAAGCCACGAUAAGCACCCCCAUCCUCAUGCCAGCUUAGAUGGGAACCACAUAAGUAUUUCUCAACAGAUGACUGAAGCAGCCAACUCUAAUGGGACGCUCACAAUCAUUUUCCUGCAGUACAAUAGUAUUGGCCCCCUACUAAAACCGUCCAAUGGUUCGCAAGAGAGAGACCUCAAUGGGACGUUAAUGCGAGAAGACUACGUUGUGAACUCACCCAUUGUUGCAGCAGCUAUUAAAGUAAACCCUCCAACUCUGUACCUCAUGGAUUAUGUAACAUUCACACUGAAGCACCUAGAGCCUCUGGAGAAGCGGCAAGUUAUCUGUGCGUUCUGGAAUUAUUCCACUCUCAGCAUGGAGGGGGAGUGGGCUACAGAAGACUGUGAGACCCUCCACUUCAACGCCACACACACCACCUGUAGAUGUAACCACCUGACCAAUUUCGCAGUUCUGAUGUCGUCCUCCCAGAUCAGUGAUGUCCUAAAUAAUAAUAUCCUGACACGGAUUACCCAGCUGGGGAUUGUCGUGUCCUUGAUCUGUCUGUCAAUGUGCAUCUUUACUUUCUGCUUCUUCAGUGAGAUUCAAAGCACAAGGACGACCAUUCACAAGAAUCUCUGCUUCAGCCUGUUUAUCGCAGAGCUGCUAUUUCUUGUUGGGAUUAAUAUGAACAGCAAUAAGCUCGUCUGCUCCAUUGUAGCCGGACUGCUUCAUUAUUUUUUCUUGGCUGCUUUUGCUUGGAUGUGCAUUGAGGGCAUUCACCUUUACCUGAUCGUGGUCGGGGUGAUUUACAACAAAGGGUUUCUGCACAGGAACUUUUACAUCUUCGGGUAUGGCAGCCCAUGCGUAGUCGUGGGAAUCUCGGCAAUUCUUGGCUACAAGUACUACGGCACCGAUAAAAUCUGCUGGCUCAGCACGGAAAACAACUUUAUAUGGAGUUUCUUUGGGCCGGCAUGUUUAAUCAUUUUGGUUAAUCUACUGGCAUUUGGAGUUAUUAUUUACAAAGUAUUCCGACACACUUCCAUGUUGAAACCAGAAGUGAGCUGCUAUGAAAAUAUUAGGUCAUGUGCUCGUGGUGCCUUAGCAUUAUUGUUCCUCCUUGGAGCUACCUGGACCUUCGGUGUUUUGCACAUUAUCAAGGGAUCCAUGGUGACAGCACAUCUUUUCGCCAUCUCUAACGCAUUCCAAGGGAUGUUCAUCUUUAUAUUUCUCUGCGUCUUGUCAAAGAAAAUCCAGAAAGAGUACUACAGGUUAUUUAAAAACGUGCCCUGUUGCUUUGAGUGCCUGAGAUGAAAUGGAUUGAGGGAAGGAGACGGAAAUUAAAUGGAAGAAGAUAAAGAGAAGAAAGGGUGCAUUUCAGAAGAGCCGCUGGCGAUGUUGAUUUGUUAAGAUUAUAAUUUAUUUAAAGCUUUAAAUUUGGGUUGAAUGGGGUGGCAGGGCAGAGGAGAGCACUGCUCGCAGAAAUUCCUUAGAAUCCUUACAACUCAAUAGGAACCAAUUGAACCUGUUCCCUCUUCCAGCUUCUAAAUAUCUUUCCAUAGCUUAGAUUGUUUCUUACCGAAGAUGUUUAAACAAUGUCUCCAUCAAAAUGACCGCUCAGAAAGACAGAAUGUCAUCUUAAAUAUGUGAAGUAAUCACCUACCAGGUCAGUUAAUUGUAACUUCCAGGUUUGGGUUUUAAUUUUUCCAGGAAUGCAGUUCCUCUUCUAAUUAAGAAAGGGACAACAUGCUGUUCGCAUGGAAACAUGAAGCUCUGAAUCACACAGUUUUUGAGAAUGCAACCUGGUAAUUAAGAAUUAAAACCAGACCUUCUUUCACUUUGCAUUAAACAAAGUACACAAGGAAUUUCUCCUCUUCCUUCCCGCCAUGGCUGUGUGCUUGUUUAAAAUCACUCACCAACCUGACUUAGAAAUAUAUCACCGUUCCUUCACUGUCGCUGGGUCAAAAUCCUGGAACUCCCUUCCAAACAGCACUGUGGGUGUACCUACACCACAGGGACCUGCAGUGGUUCAAGAAGGCAGCUCACCUUCUCAAGGGCAAUUAGGGAUGGGCAAUAAAUGCUGACCCUGCCAGUGAAGCCCACAUCCUGUGAAUGAAUUUUGGAAAAGCAAGGAGAGGAAAUGAAUUGGAUCUUGGUCAAUGACUGAAAUUAAUACAAAGAUUGAAUGAGGAGAGGUGAUGUGUAGAAACCUGUUUCAUCAUAAAGAUGGCACAGACGAAGGCCACUCAGCUUAUCACAAUCUGUGCCAUCUCUUUUACAUAAGACUAUAAGAUAGAGGAUAGCAAGUUCUUCAUUCUAUCAAGUGGUUUGGUGUCCUUCAGCAGUCUGUCACUUAGCUCCAGUCCGGUAUUGUCUCCAGGCUGCUAGAUUAUCCUUAUUGCCUAGAUUAGUCACACCAGCACAGUGGGAACUCCUUCAUCACAUGGAUUGCAGCAGUUCGGGAUGGACAAUAAUUGGUGGUCUUGCUAGUGAUGCCCAUAUCCCAAAUCUGAUACUUUAAAAAUCUGUUGACAAGGUAAUCUCUUGAUAUUACCCUGCCUGUUACCCUACCAACUUACCACCCAUACCUAAUCAUGGCCAGGUCUCAGCGAGAACUCUUUUUUCUUUAGGUGCCAUGAAACUCUUAACUUCUGCCCAAAUGAGCAAAUAAAACCUCGGUUUCCACCAAAGGGUGACAGCUACAAUAUCGCUGCACCGAGGUGUGGGUCUCGACUAUGACUUUAACUUUGUGCCCUCAACCCAUUGAUUCAAAGGCAAAUGUGUGACUAACUGAGCCAAGCCGGCAUGCAGUAGAGAGCCAAUGGUAUUACAACAUGGGUCCGUUUGUGUUGCCUAUCCUGAGUCAAUUAGCUCAUACACCAAGUCGCAUGGCAUUCCAUUGAGUGUGACAAUCAGAGCAUUGUAGCUAUAUGCUUCAAACUGUUAUUUUAGAGUAAUUCCCUCUGAAUUUCAAUAAAAGAGGUAAUGCACUUCAAAACAUGUUUUUAUAUUCAUAACCAAAUAAAAAUUUCAUAACUGUUUGACGAGAAACUUGGUGAAUAUAACACUGGCCUGCUGUUAAAUGUUAAACUAAUUUAUUCCAUGGACUUGUAGCUUAACAACAUUGUAUCCUGUGAUUCAACAAAGUCAAUCUUCUGAGCAAAGACUCGAUCCCAGGCUCUUGGCAAUAGAGUUUCAAAUAAGGUGAGGGAAAAGGCCAUAGAGGUUUGGAAGACGAGAUUUUGUUCUAAAGAGCUUCAACUGAUUGGUAUUUUGGUGAAGGGUUUUUUAAUGUAAAUAUAUUUAUCUGAAAACAGAGGAACUGUCUGCAAAAAAAGAAA